AUGCCAACGCAAUCUGCGGAUUGCACUAGAUGUAAAGACCUUUCUGAAUCUAUUAUGCAUACUCUUGUUCUUUGUCCCUUUGCUAGUCGAGUCUGGUUUUUAUCGCAGUUUUGGGUUAACACCCAGUUCUUUAGUUCUAAGUCUUUCAUGGAUUGGAUGUUAUUUUGGUUAGUCAACCCUGUUUCCAAGCUCCCUGAAAGAGAUCAGUGCCUCUUUGUUGCCGUCCUCUGGUCUUUGUGUCAAAGUAGAAAUAAUCUAGUUUUCCAGGAUGUGAAGGAAAAUCAUACUGCAGUUCUGAUGAGAGCCAAAGCCAUGCUUCUUACUAGAAAAUCCAUUAACACUAUCUCCACCAUGAUCCCUACUAGUAUUAGUGACAGAUGGAUGCCCCCUCCCACUGGAUGGAUAAAGUCUAAUACAUAUGGAGCUUACGAUAUUGUUUCUGGUGAUAACGGUGCAGGCUAUGUCAUGAAGGACUUCACCAAUAAUGCUACCUUUUGCGCCUCCAUUGUCUUCCAUGUUCAAUCUGCUGAAGAAGCCGAAGCAAGAGCAAUAUGGGCAGGUUUAAAGAAAGUUGUGGAGCAAAAGUUUACGCAUCUAAUCCUAGAAAGCGAUGCUUAG